AUCAUAUAUUUUGGUGCAAUUAUUUCGAUAUUUUUUAAUGGCUUUUAAAAGGAGCAAAGACGAAGGGUGUUGUAGUGUUAAUCUAUUGAAAUAUAUUAUGUUCACAUAUAAUUUCUUUUUUUGGUUGAUAAGCCUAUGUCUGUUGGGUCUUUCUUUAUGGGUCUUGUUGUCCAAACAUGCCUAUUUAACAUUGCUGAACACUAAUCAAUUUAUUAUAUCAACAAGUUUGAUGAUUGGAGUAGGGGUUACAGUUAUAUUUGUAGGCACCAUUGGCUGUGUGGCUAUUUGGAAAGAAGAUAGAAGUCUUAUGAAACUAUAUAUUUUUCUUUUGCUGGUCAUAUUUAUAUGUCAAUCUCUAUCUGGGGUAUUAGCAUACUUAUAUCAUUUCAAGAUACAUAAUGAAUUAUCAAUAAGCUUAAAUUCUACAUUCUUGGAAAAUUAUAAUAUUGAUCCCCAAAAAACUAAAGCCAUUGACGUAUUGCAGAUCAAACACAAAUGUUGCGGUGUUGAUUCUUAUAUGGAUUGGAAAAAUAGCUCUUGGUUUCAAGAUAAUCGCCUCUCGAUAAACAUUACCGUGCCGGACUCUUGUUGCAAGACUAUCACUCCCUUCUGUGGCGUCAGAGACCAUCCAUCCAAUAUUUAUUAUGAUGGUUGUAUCGAUAAGUUCGUUGCUAUGCUGAAAGAGAACCUCAUUUUGAUCAGUUCCGUCGGAAUAGGAUUCUGCAGCAUUCAAAUUUUGGGACUCGUAUUUUCCACGUGUUUGGUCGUUAAGCUGAAGAAAUUUGAAGGCUUUACAGGUCUCUACGCCUAUUAAAUCACUUAUCAAACUAUCGAUUCUUAUAGCUUUUUAAAACUAGUUGAAAAAUUCUCAUUAUAAAGAAACAACCAAAUCAAUAUUUUUUACCAAGAUACUUUUUUAAUUUUAUCUAUAUUAAAAAAAUAUAUUUUUUUUAUAAGAAAUUUAUUUAAUUUUUUUGAUAUGUUUAUAUUUAAAUUUUAUGAAUUUUUUUAUAUUAUGAAGAUGCAAUCUCGAAAUUUAUUCUUCCAAUUUGUGCUAUAUAAUCAUUUUUUUAUCAUUUUAUUUUAAAUUAUAAAAUUAUUCUAACUGUUUAUUUAUGCAAUUUUUUUGAUAUAUAACUUACGGCAAAUUAACACUUAGACCAUUUUUAAGAAAAUGAUAUAAUAUUUAUUAUUUUAUUGUUCAAACAAGGAUUUUUUU